AUGUCGUCUCCCAAAAAGAAGCAAGUACUUGUUCAAUUGAGUGAAACUUUGUACUUUUCAAAAUUUUGUAGUAAUUUUAGGUGGAAUACGUGGUUAACUACAAAUGAAAUCGUUGAUAUUAUCAAUGAUUUAGCUUCGGAUGAUGAAGCAACAGCAGCUGACAUUUAUAUCGACCCUCCGGGUGAUGGACUUGUGUCAGAUUCGGACUCGGGGGACGAAAGAAACGUAAGUUUUGAAAAUUUAUCACGUCGUCAACUUUUGGCACCUGCUGAACUGACACUACAUGGAAAAAACGUCAGUGACGGCAGUGAGUCUGAAGAAGAAGCUUUAGGCCCAAUUACGUCACGUACUGUGACUGACUCACAGUCUAUCAGUUCAUAG